AACACCAACCACAAAUGUAUUUUCGCUUUUUGCUUUUCGCCUAAAAUUUCAUAUAAAGUAUACCCAAAUACCCGACACAUCCGGACAAAGCUGCACAUCAACUUAUCCAACUUUGCAACAGCAAAGCACGCUUAAAAGGCCCUUUCCCAGACAUUAAUCUACAGCCGGCUUUCUUGCAUAUUGUAUUUGGUUUGUGCUGCGACUUCGCCGUCGUUGUCGCCGCCGCCGCCGCCUCACAGACGCCAUUGUAACCGUGACUGGUCCAAUUGCCAUUUCCAUUGAAUAAGUGAGGCAACAAUAUGUCACGCAGUGUGCGCGCAGAGACACGAAGCCGCGCCAAGGAUGACAUCAAACGUGUUAUGCAGGCCGUGGACAAGGUGCGCCACUGGGAGAAGAAGUGGGUGACCAUCAGCGAUACCACAAUGAAAAUCUACAAAUGGGUGCCCAUCUCCUCCAACAUUGAAAAGAAGUCAAAGCUGCAGCUUAGCCACAAGAUUAGCGACAAGGAGAACUCCCAAAAGGGGACACCAACGCCACCGCAGAUAACGCCAAGCUACGCUGGCCUCACAGCCGAGGACUCCAACACGUGUUUCUCAGUAGUGAGCGACAGCCAGGGCGCUGACUUUGUGUCCAGCAUGCCCUUCUCCGAGGACUCCAACUCUCAGGGCAGCGAUGGGCCUGUGAAACGCCUGAAAGCGAGCGACUAGCCUGAGGAGAUGCAGCACAUCAUCAAUCCCACUGCCUACAUCAGCUAGAUAGAGCUCACUCUCUCAGUGUGUGCAUGUACGUGUGAGUGAGAGUGUGUGUGCGUGUGAGUGAGAGUGUGUGUGUGUUUGAGUGUCUGUGAGAUUGUGAAUGUGCGUAUGAGAAGUUGUGAAUGUUAUUUUUAUCUUCCUUCGUUUAAUAACCAAUAGCAAUAUGUACUAGUGUCUAAGUUUAGGUCUAAGCUAAUUAUGAAGAUAAUCAUCUGCCUCAGCAAGACUUAAGCAAUUAUCUCCUAGACAACUAGCCCUAAGUAACUCCAAAAUGAUAAUGAAAUUGAUGAUACAAAUGUAAAAUAUAUAUAUACACACACACACACACACACAGACAGACACACGCACCCACACGUACUUGCAUGCAUGCUUGUGUGUGGGCAACGAACGAUUGUAAUUAAGCAAUUUUUUGUAAGCUAAAGUUAGGCGUCAGUCAAUAAGUCUCUGGUCUCCGGCUGGAGUUGGCGCAUGUAGCACUAAGCACUCUUAACUAUAACAUUUAUAAUUUAUUUAUUUUUGCACAAGUAAACUGAAAGGCAAACGAACACUGACCAUGUAUAGAACCUAAGACAUAGAUAAAGCACAGCCGCAAUGCAAAGAGAAAAGUAAUAUUAACAAAUAAACAAAAAACAAUCGUGUAACAUGAGACAAAACGAUAAAUAUGUAAACAAUUAGAGAUAAACAAAACCAUGCGACAUACACAUAUGUAAACAACAAUUGA